AUGGGAACGGUGGUGUUACAAGCUGCUCUUUUGUUGGGUUCAGAAAGAGCAAUUCCAACGGAACUGUGUGGGGAAAUUGAUGCUACAUGCUUGGGCUACGCUAAGCUCAUAUUGGGCGGCCAGCAUGAAGUGGUGAUUGGCGAAAUUCUGAAAUCAAUCAAUCUUAUUGGAGACUGCAGCAUCGAGGAGCCUCAGGAACUCUAUAGGCGGCUAAAUACUCAACUUGCUGAAAGAUUCGAGAAACACCCAAAUCUAGCACUUUUGCUUGCAGUCGCGCUCUUGCAGUCGUUUAUUCAAAGUAAUUUUACGGGUCCGGCACCCACACAAUCUGCAUACCAAAUUUUGUCGUGCAGUAGUCUGCAAAAGGAACAAUUGCAUCAGCUUUCAGUCUCUCUCCUCAGUGUACUGGGUCAGCCGGCUUAUGAUUUGUGUGAUGACGCUAUUUUCCUGGUUAUGAGCUUGAUAUUACUGGAACAAACUUCAAAACAAACCUCGCUGUUUGUCGAUAUACCUGAAGAACUAUCCACUGUCGAAAUUUCUGCAAUCGAAACACCUGCUAUUGUAGCAUGCGCUCAUUGGUGGAGAGCUAGGGCUCUGUUGACCCAGCUAUCUUUGCUACCGGAGCCAUCGGGCCCUCACCCAAUUGUAGCGUCUUCGAUUCUGAGCAGCAUCGACUUGGUGUACGCCAUUACCAAAGAACUACCACCUCAUUUGAAAUCCGAGCUUGAGAAUCAGCUAGGCAUUUCAUAUUAUCUCGAAAAUGUCAAGUGCUCGUUAGCCACCAAUACAGAACACUUGUGUCUUCCUUCGUUGAUUAAAGUUCAAAAACUGACAGGUUUCCAAUUUGUUUUAACAGGAGCUCGUGCGAAAAGGACUAAAUAUCAACAAGAGGCUCGCUCAGGCUUGAUUAUUCUUGCUAAUUCAUCCCCUAUCACGGUAAGAGACCAAGAAAAAGACUCAAGCUUCAAUCCUGAGAGUUUUGCUCUCGAAUCCGAUUAUUUGUUGGAAAGACCAAUUUUCCAGUCUAUAGGAGACGAGCCGCUGGAUGAACAAAUUGUCAAAAGACCAAAAAUUGACCAAGGGUCAGGUAUUGACGAGGAAAAACUAUUACCAGUGGCCCUGAGACAAGAAGACAUACCCAUCGAUUUGCGAGAAUUGGACCCAAACAACCAACCGGCUCUGGCUAAUCAUGAUAAUAUUCAAUUGCUACUUCGUAUGCAAGUCAUUCGUCAAACAACUCCAGCACAGAACCCAAUGGUUGAGCAGGAAUUGAGCGCUAUCGUGGGUCGUGUAUUGUAUCAAUCCGGUCAAAAAAAUUGGACUUUGUUUUCUAGAGGCUUAUGGGAAAGAUCCUUAAUCGAAACUACGAAAGCCAAGACAGUCGAAAGGGGGUUGUUACAGAUGCAGUCUUUAGUUGAAGAGCUGGGUCUGAAAAUUAAAACUCGCUUGCUUCCCCAAGAAAGUGAGGGGACUCAAGUUACGAAUGUGGAGAGAUUGAAAUUCGUGCAUCAAGUGCCUUUUGUUCCAAGGUGGGCUUUAGACGCGAAGCUUGCAGAAAAGUAUAUGUCGUUGGGUAUACUGAAGUCAGCUGUGGAAAUAUACGAAAGGCUUUCGAUGACAUGCGAGGCAGCUCUAUGCCACGCAGCUGCGGGUGACGAGAGGACAGCGGAGGAAAUGUUGAUUAAAAGAAUCCAGGAAAACCCAAAAGAUGCAAGAGCUUAUUCUAUUCUAGGGGACAUCAGACAGGACCCUGAUCUUUGGGUAAAGAGUUGGGAUAUUGGAAAGUAUGUUAACUCCAAAAACGCAUUGGCCAGAUAUUUUUAUAAUCCACCAGCCUCAUCUGGGCUGAAGAAGGAUCAUAGCGCUUGUCUGAAACAUUUAAAUGAGUCAUUAAGACUUUAUCCACUUUCUUUCGACACCUGGUUUUUUUACGGGUGUGUUGGCUUAGAAUGUGGUAGAAUAGAACUUGCUGCGGAAGCGUUUACAAGAUGUGUGUCGUUAGAUGCAACGCAUUCGUUGGCUUGGUCCAAUUUGAGUGCCGCAUUUAUGGAGUUGGGAAAGCUAAAAGAAGCACACAGCUGUUUGAGCAAAGCAACAAGCUCGGAUUCACCUAAUAAUUGGAGAAUUUGGGACAAUUACAUGUUGGUCUCCAUUAAGCUGAAUCUUUGGCCUGACGUUCUACUGGCUUGCAGGAAGCUUGUCGAGAUACGGAAAGGUAAGGUGGGCGAGUUUUCUAUCGACUUGCCCGUUGUAGAAAAGCUGGUCGAACUAUUAGUAACCUCAGAAUUUCCCUCUGAAGCGUCUGCGCGACUAACACAUUUCCAAUCUUCUUGUAUGGAAUUUAUCUGUGAAAUUUUGCCGGGUGUCGUCACAACAAACUCCAGGUGCUGGAAACAAGUAGCCAAAGUUGAGUUAUGGAGAAAGAGACCUUGGGCGUCCCUAGAUUGUUACGAAAAGGAGUAUAGAGCUAUGUCACACAACCCUGACCUUGAAUUUGACGAAAAAGUGUGGAACGAUAGCGUUGAUACUUGUGAUGACCUUGUAUCAGCAUACGAGUCUCUCGGAGAGAUGGAGGGUAAACAUGGAUUAGGGAGUUUGGUCUGCAAAGAUUGGAAAUACAAAGCGAGAUCUACAAUCAAAUCACUAAUGAGCAGAGGUAAAAACAACUGGGAAGAUUCCGAUGGCUGGGAAAGAUUAGUGGAAUUACGAAAUAAUUUGUAA